AUGGCGAAGCCCAGAGGCAACAAGACGGCGCCCGUCUCUCGAGGACUUCUGGUUGCCUUUUUGGUGCUGACGAUUCUCACCACUGGCUUCGCCGCUGUCUCCUCAGUCUGGGCCUGGGAAUGGUCCGAGUCGGGAGAAGGGACGUGGGACACUAGCAUUGCAUCGUUCGCCACGAGUAUCUCCAUGACCAUCUGGUCCAUCAUACCCGGAACCAUCAUCCCUUCCUUGGAUUUGGAUCACCGUCUAAGCAACAAGGGUCGUCUGUCUGCCUGGCUGAUUCACAUUGGUACGUGGCUUGUUCUGCACAAAGCUGAAGGUGCAGGUGCGCUGACACGACAUCUUGUUCCACUUCGUCAACAGUCGUCAGUGUCUUCAUCCUGAUCGCUUUCAUCGGUGGCACUGCUGCGAAGGCUGCAGCUCUCAACAGACUGGAGGACAGAUACAACAGCUACGGAUUUCCCCGCUACUACAACUACCGCUUUCAAAACACCUUUCAAUUCCCCUUCUGGCUCGUUGCUAUUGUGCUGCAGGUUGUAACAUUGAGUAGUGAGUUUGUUUGUCGUUUGAGCGCACAGAAGAGAGGACCGUCGACCUGAUCCUCCUCACCCUGUUCACUUUGGCUUGGCAGUCGCUUGCAUCUACCUUCGCAAAUUCAUCACCGCUCGCAAGGCCAUCGAGCCCGCGAAGGUGGAUGGAUGGAAUGAGCUGACUCGUCGCGACUCGACGGCAAAGAGUGAGAUCGAUCACACGCAGGCGUGA